AUGAUUGAUUCGGAAAAUGAGGAGUUGGUCGAAAUCCAUUCCAGUGCAGAUACUAUUGGUUAUGAGAAUGAUCGACCAGGAUCUUCCAUGUCGACCACCACUUCGUCAACACUUUGUCAGAGUUUGGGGAGUUUCGAUAGUAAUAAUAUCGUUGAAAUGGAGGAUACUGUUCCGUCUAUUAUUGAUUUUGCAAGUCAAUCAAGACUGAUGGCUAGAAUACGCGAUAAUAAACCGAACCGGAAACUUCCAUCUCGUUGGGAUGAUGACGAUGAUGAUGGCAUCUUGGACAAGGAUAUGAACGAUCCAAAGGAGCAAGUGCUGACGGCAGCUGAAGAUGGUAAUUUGGAAUUGCUCAAGGAUUUGAUCGGCAAUAAUCCGUCGUUGCUGUCGGCUCAUGAUGCCGAUGGAUAUACGGCGUUGCAUCGAGCUGCAUACAGUGGACAUACCGAUAUUGUCGGAUACCUAUUAUCGAUUGGAGCCAAUCCGGAAUGGAAUACGAACGAUGGUUGGACAGUGUUACAUUGCGCAGCAACAUGGUCGAUGUGUGAAGUUGUGGCGUUGCUGCUUCGUCAUGGCGUUAAUGUUAACAGUCGGUCACAUGGCAAUCUUACACCAUUGCAUCUUGCAAUCACGUCGAAUCAGCCGGAGGAUCGUGUCAUUACAACAGUUCGCUAUCUUCUCGAAGCACCAGGUAUUGAUGCUGCAGCGGUAUCGAAUUGUGGUGAUUCACCUUUACUCGUCGCAGGAAGGACAUCGGCGAAAAUUACUGAAAUGCUGAUACGUUAUUUCAGCAAACCUUAA